AUGGCGAGAACAGACGAGGAGAUAUUCGCAGCUCUGGAGGAGUAUUCUGCGUGUGACAUAUCAGAUGCACUGUUGAAGCUAGAGAAAGUCCCGAACGGUACAACCAAAUAUGCCGGAUUCAUAGCUGACAUCGUGCCGUUUUCACCGUCUAGAGAUAUUGAGAAUGUGCCAAAAAUAAUCGGUUAUGCAUCCACAGUUAAGUUUAUACCCAAGGAUGACCCAUUAUCUACCGAGUCUCAAGAUGAAAAACGUGGGUUUAAGGCCGGAACCCAUUGGGUAGAUCAUACGGAUGCAAAUACCGUUGUGUUGCUUGAUCAGCCAAGGGGCCAGAAAUGCGCUAUUCUAGGUGGAAUUAUGGCCUUACGGAUGAAAGUGAGAGGUGCAAAGGGGGCCGUAGUCAAUGGUCGGGUGAGAGAUCUCGCUGAGCUACGAAGCCUUGGAUUUCCAGUAUGGGCCAAGGGUACUUCGACAGUGGGAACCGGUGCAGAGGCUAAAGCUGCGAUGCGAAACGUGCCAAUUUCCGUUGAUGGAGUAACUGUCUGCCCGGGUGAUGUACUAUUCUGUGACCCUCUUGAAGGCGUCGUAAGGAUACCAAAUGGAUUGAUUCACGAUAUCUUGGAACUGAUGCCCAAGCUCAUUGCUGCGGAUGAUAAGGUAAAGGCUGAUGUGUUGAAUGGGUCAACUGUUUUCGAAGCCUUCAAGAAGCACAGGGGUAGUUAA